GUCCAGCGCUCACGCAUGCACCGUGCGGAACCAGAACGGACGCACGCAGUUCAUGCACGCACGCACCCCGUCGUUUUGUUGGCUCGGGUUGUCCCUUUAAAAAUCCGAAUCCAAGGCCAAUGAUUUAUCAAACUCCUAUUAUCAAGAAAAUGUCACGCGAAGGGCACCUUCCUCUGCACUGACGCAAACUCUUUCCCAUGCACGGACCUAUAGAAAAGCUUUGCACUUAGUGCUUUGCGCGGAUACAACGUUCAGUCCGCCUCCAGUCCACUCUUCGUCUUUUUUACAGCUGUUUCAAGUCUGCCUGCAGAGCUUUGGAAACAUGGAUUUCUCUGAUCACAGAGAUAUGACCAAACAACCGGCCAACGCGCCUGUCAGCUUCAUCCCGGCGCAGCAGCCUGACGCAGCUGCGGGAAUUACAACAAACAAACCGGACAACAACUCCGCUGCUGCUGCUGCUGCUGCUGCGUGCGCGCCGCCCGCCACGCACCAUCACCCGGCACCGCAGCCGCCUCCUCCCUGCAACGAGAGCAAAACUUUUUGUUCCACGGAAAACAAACCGGGAGAUGUGGACAGCAAUAAAGCGUACGGGACGUUUAAAAGCACUCCGCCGCCAGCUGUCCCCGGAUCCGUGGCCGUCAACUCGGCCUUAAGGAAGGAUUCCGCCGGUUCGGCUCGCGGCGGCGGGUCCGCGCUGUACGGUGACCCGCUGCGGGCCACCGCAGAGCAGAACAACACCGCGGGCAACUGGACGGCGAUGAGCCAGACCACAAUCAUUCUGGGGACAGAUGGUAACACGUCUGUUCAGCCCGGCAUCGUCGCGGGGGCUGACGUGGAUGAUGAUGAUGGUGGGGAUGAGAAUAAGGCCAGAGGAAACUGGACAAAUAAACUUGACUUUAUUCUAUCCAUGGUUGGCUAUGCGGUGGGACUGGGGAACGUGUGGAGGUUCCCUUAUCUUGCCUUCCAAAAUGGUGGAGGAGCUUUUUUGAUUCCCUACCUGACAAUGCUGGGAAUCGCCGGGAUCCCAAUCUUUUUACUGGAGGUUUCCCUGGGCCAGUUUGCCAGCCAGGGCCCCGUGUCAGUGUGGAAAUGCAUCCCGGCUCUACAAGGUUGCGGGAUUGCCAUGUUGAUAAUAUCUGUCUUGAUAGCCAUAUACUAUAAUAUUAUAAUGUGCUGGACACUGUACUACCUGUUCGCUUCGUUGAAGGGCUCACUGCCAUGGGCUAACUGUAGGAAUGAGUGGAACACGGUGGAAUGUAAGGACAAAGACAUGCUGCUGUUAGACUCGUGCAUCCUGCGGGACAGAAACAUCACCUCCAUCAAGAACUCCUCUUUUUGUCUGUCCGCAAACACUGUGGGAAAUCUCACAAAACUGUUAAACAUGACACUGGACAGCAACAAGACCUACGUCAGCCCCAGCGAGGAGUACUUUAAGUACAAUGUGUUACACAUCUCUAAAGGGAUUGAGUAUCCAGGAGACCUUCGCUGGCCUCUGGCAGGCUGCCUCUUACUGGCCUGGCUCAUCGUCUACGCUUCUUUAGCCAAAGGAAUCAAGUCGUCAGGGAAGGUUGUUUAUUUCACGGCCACAUUUCCCUACGUGGUGCUGGUCAUCCUUCUAAUCAGAGGAGUGACUCUCCCUGGUGCCGCAGAUGGCAUCCUCUAUUUUAUCACACCAAAAUGGGAGAAACUCAGCGAUGCCAAGGUGUGGAAAGAUGCAGCCACUCAGAUCUUUUUCUCCCUCUCAGCUGCUUGGGGAGGCCUCAUCACUCUCUCGUCUUAUAAUAAGUUCCACAAUAACUGCUACAGGGACACUAUCAUUGUCACAUGCACAAACAGUGCCACCAGUAUAUUUGCUGGGUUUGUCAUCUUCUCAGUCAUUGGGUUUAUGGCACAUGAGUUGAAGGUGCCAAUAGAGAAGGUUGCAGAUGAAGGUCCUGGCAUAGCUUUUGUGGUUUAUCCAGAGGCUCUGACCAGACUUCCCCUGUCUCCAUUUUGGGCGAUUAUCUUUUUCCUCAUGCUCCUCACUCUUGGCCUGGACACUAUGUUUGCCACCAUUGAGACCAUCGUAACCUCUGUGUCAGAUGAGUACCCCAAGUACUUGAGGAAACAUAAACCAGUCUUCACCCUCAUCUGCUGUGCCUGCUUCUUCAUCCUGGGAUUUCCCAUGAUUACAGAGAGUGGGAUGUACAUGCUGCAGUUGGUGGACACAUUCGCAGCCUCCUACUCCUUGGUCAUCAUUGCUAUAUUCGAGCUGGUGGGGAUUUCCUACCUUUAUGGUCUACAGAGAUUUUGUGAGGACAUUGAAAUGAUGAUUGGUUUCCAGCCAAACCGAUUCUGGAGAAUCUGCUGGGCCUUUGUGACUCCAACUAUUCUGACGGGCAUCCUGGGACUGAGUCUGUACCAGUGGAAGGGGAUGACAUAUGAGGACUACACCUACCCGACCUGGUCCAUGGUUAUGGGCUGGCUCAUGGUGAUCUGCUCUGUCAUCUGGAUCCCCAUCAUGUUCGCUGUUAAAAUGUAUCUCGCCCCUGGCUCCAUGUCUGAGCGUCUGAAGCUUGUCUGCUCCCCUCAGCCGGACUGGGGUCCUUUCCUGAUGAAGCACCGUGGAGAACGCUACAAGAACAUGACUGACCCUCUGGGAACCAGCUCCCUGGGCCUCAAACUGCCUCCAAAGGACUUCCAGCUCAGCUCUUACCAGUAGCAGCUGCCCCACCACUGUAACACCCACGACUUUCAACUCCUGCAAGGGAUGCCGUGAGGGAGCCAACUGCUCUUCUUCUCCUCCCUCUUUCUCUCUCUUUCUCCCCUCUUCACCCCUUUUUUGCUUCUUGUCUUCCUCCCUGUAUUGUGGUUGUGGAGAUUUAUCCCCUCUUCUCACCCUCCUCUCCACUCCCUCUCUUCUCUCCGGGAGUGGAGAGUGGCUGCCAAGGUGGAGUUUACUCCUCCGCUGCUGCUUCGUACUUAAUGGGCUAUCAUUUCCUCCCACACAUGACCACUGAUUACUCUAGAGCCCUUCCCAGGGAUCUUUAUUCCAAGAGAAAAAUGGUGUCAUAAAAUGACACAGCUCAGACUGCACUUGCAAUAUUAGACUCAACAUAGCCGCUCCUGAUGGAGUUUAUGUAUGUUUGUUUGUUUGUGUGUGUGUGUGUGUGUGUGAGCGCGUGUGCGUGCGUGAGUGUGUGCGCGCACCAUCAUAUUUGUGUGUAGAGAUAAUUAAUGGUGUUGCUGAGAGCUGACAAGAAAACUAAGAAAAUUGAGGGAGAGCGAAAUAGUUGAACAAGCUUGGCAAAGAUUUG